UUAUGUCGAAUGGCUGUCGGCUUCAGUGUCGAGUUCGUGAAUUAAUUUAAUCAACUUUUUAUGCAAAUAUACUAACUAUUUUACUGAUAAAUUAACUUCUAGUUUUGUGAUUAAUGUGUAAGCUUGAAGCUUAAUGCAAAAAUGCAACCUACGACAAUGCUUCCAAAACUUACAGAUACAACGCAAACGAUCUCAUUUUCGGAGGGUGAUGGUGUCUGUAGUUCAGAAGUUUAUGCAUCAGAUGUAGUAGUAACAACUAAUGCUGGUAACCAUAACCAUGGUAGUUCUAAAGUGAAGCUGAAGAAUCUUGUGGACUACAAUUGGGAGCCCAAGUUCUACCCAGGCCAGUUAUUGGCAGUUCACAUUAGUGGCAAAUACUUAGCAUAUAGUAUCAAAGCACCCAAUGCUGCUAACCCUGGCACAUGGAAUGGAAUGGUUCGUGUAGUAUAUAACCCUGAACCAGGCAUUGAUAGAAGAACACUUAUCAAAGGCAUGAAAGGGGAGGUGCAAGAUCUUGCUUUCGCACAUAUUCCAAAUCAAGUUGUCUUGGCCAGUAUUGAUGAGAUGGGAAACUUUUAUAUACAUGAAAUUGAAGUCACUGAAAGUGGACUCCGUUGCACUCUAUCGGCGGAGGUGCGCGAGGACACCGGCGUGGGUGGCAGCACGCACCGCGUAGUGUGGUGUCCUUACAUUCCCGACGAGGACGACGCACCCGACGACGACGUGGCACGUCUGUUGCUCACCACGCACGCCAACCAGGCCCGCAUGUGGAACAUCCGCGCGUGCUCGGCGCUGUGCGGCGCGGCGGGCGGCGCGGGCGGCGCGGGCGGCGCGGGCGGCGCGCUGGGCGCGGGCGCGGCGCUGGCGAGCGGCGCGGGGCGCGGCGCGGGCGCGCACGGGGGCGCCGUGCUGGCGGCCGCCUUCUCGCCCGACGGCACGGCGCUCGCCACCGCCGCCGCGGACGGAUACGUCAUGUUCGCGCAGGUUUACAUGAACAACGAGAGCAGCCCGCGUUGCUUACACAAGUGGCAGCCGCACGGGGGCAAACCCCUCAGCUGUCUCUUCUUCCUUGACAACCACAAGAAUUACAACACAGACGUCCAAUUCUGGAAGUUUGCUGUAACCGGUGCUGAAAAUAAUACAUCCAUCAAAAUUUGGUCAUGCAAAUCAUGGAACUGUCUCCAAUCAAUUACAUUCUCUCCUUCCCUGGGCGCAGAGACCCUGGGCAUGAAGGCUAUGUUGGAUACCAGUGCUAGCUACUUAUUACUAUCUGAUUUUAAGACAAGAAGUCUUUAUGUGUUAAACAUGGCCAGAGACAGUGAGGACAUGAUGGCCUAUUGCAAAAGUAUAUCUGAGUUCCUCUUGCCUUACCCCGUGUUGAGUUUCUGUAUCGUCGAUGCCGAGGAGCAACUGGUGAAGUGCGAGUCGAGCUGCGACGACCCCUUUCACACCAACGGCUCCAGCGGAGACGUGGGCGACUCGCCCGACGACUUCGAGGUGCACCACGAGUCGGUUGAGUCCCCACACCACGAUGUGUGUGUGCAGGAGGAGGGCGAGCGUCGCGUGCGCUUGCGCCUGUACAUCGUGCAGCCCAAAGGGCUGCAGGAGGGGGAGCUUAUCUACGCGCCGCGACUGCAGAGGAACUCGUUGCCGUUGCACGAUCUAGAGCAGCUGUCGCUGGAGGAGGGCACGACGGCGGAAGGCGAGCUGCCAACCAGCAUCCUGCAGCAGCAGACGCAGCAACUCAAGAGCCUGCUCAUGCGUUCGCAGACUCAACCAGGUAGCUUAAUCAGUCAACGGCCAGAAUCUCCGACAACGAUGCCGCCUCAACUGAAUCUCAUGACUCCUGAUGCUUUUAGUUCACCGGGUAAGAGGGAAGACGACAACCCGCCCCUGUCAGCCACUCCGGAAAUCAAUAAUAAACCAAGAGUUUCCACUGGAGGUACAUACCACGAUACUAUCAAUAUUAAGCAGGCUGGACUGGUGCCGGCGGAGGAGGGCGAGGAGUGUGCGGGCGCGGCGGGGGGGAAGGCGUCGGGCGGCUCCAGCCCCAGCCGGGAGGUGCAGCAGAUCAUGUCGCACACCACCACGCCCUUCUACACGGACAUGGAAGAAGAAGAGGAAGUUUCGAAGCAGACCCCGCCGCUGGAGGUUGAAGUAGUCGCCAAUGAGACCAGCGCCGACGGGGCCUGCGAACCGUUCUAUACGUCUGAACUAUUUACGACACCUGAAAAGCCACCUCCGCCUGCCAAGCUGACGCAUGCCAACAGUGACACGUCGUGGCCGCAAAUAUCACUCGCUCAGAUAACGGAAGCUAAUCAGAGGAAAGCCUCCAGCGAGAAGUCCAGCACGCAGUCGCUGAGCGCCCCGCCGCCCGCCAGCGCGCCCGACAGGCUGCUCGCUGACGACGCCACCAAGACCCGCCUCGAAUCGCUCGAGCAAAAAUUGGACAUACUAACUGAGCUGGUGUCGACGCAGUCCCGCGAGCUGCGCGCGCUGCGCGGCGACGUGUGCGGGCCGCGCGCGCAGCUGGACGACGCGCUGCUCGCGCACGCGCAGCGCACCGCCGGCGCCGUCGACUCCGCGCUCGCGGCCGGGUGGGAGCGCAUUUCGCGGCUGAGCGAGGCGACGAGCGCGCAGGCGGCGGCGGCGGCGGGCGCGGGGGCGGCGCGGGCGCUGGAGCCUCUGGCGCGCGCGCUGGAGCACGAGCUGGCCGCCAAGCUGACCGCGACCGACCGCCUAUUGAGGGACAACAUCGAGAAGCUCGCCAGCAGCAAGACGGUAAUGGAGCGGCUGAGCACUGCCAUCGCGACGUCGCUGACGGAGAUGGUGCGCGAGUCGUUCCGCUCCGCGCUGUUCGAGAGCGUGGUGCCCGUCAUGGAGAAGGCGCACGCGCAGAUCUUCCGGCAGAUCAACCACGCCUUCCAGACCGGCACCAAGGAAUUCGCCGCCAACACGGAGGCGGCGGCGCGCGCGGCGGCGGAGCGCGGCGGCGCGGCGGGCGCGGGCGCCCUGCUGCGCGCGCUGGAGCGCCACGCCGACGCGCUGGCCCGCGCCGCGCCGCCGCAGCCGCAGCACUACGCCGCGCAGCUCCGCGACGUCGUGCACAGCGUGCUGGAGAAGGAGGUGUCGUGGUGGCGCGAGCAGGCGCGCUCCGUGCAGAUGUCGCGCGCGCACUCGCCCGCCACGCCCGCCGCGCCCUCCGUCGCCGACAGGCAGAUGCAGGUGAGCCAGAUCCAGUCGCUGAUGAUGAGCGGCGACGUGAACGGCGCGUUCCAGCUGGCGCUGUCGGCGUCCGACCUCGCGCUGGUGGUGGCGGCGUGCCGCGCGGCCGAGCCGGCGCGCGUGCUGGGCCCGCCGUGCCGCCUCAAGCAGCACGUGCUGCUGUCGCUCGUGCAGCAGCUCGCCGCAGACAUGACGCGCGACACGCACCUCAAGCACAGAUAUCUUGAAGAGGCCGUGAUGAACUUAGAUACGUCAAAUCCAGUUACACGUGAGCACUUGCCGGUCGUCAUUAGAGAACUGCAGAAGCAAAUAGUGGCCUUCCUGAACGCAAAUCCAGGACACACUCUAAGCAGACAGUUCCGCAUGUUGCUGAUGGCCACGGAGUCGUUGGUCAAGAACAAUGUCUGACCACGGCCCUGCUGUCACUGUCCCUGUGCCUACAGGACUAUGCACUGAUAUUAGACUAGUGAUGUGAAAAUGUGACCCUGAGCGAAAGUGUUUAGUGUAAAAAAGUUACUAGUGAAAAUAACACUAUAAGACUAUGAUCAAUUAAUGCUGUGGCUCUAAUGAUUGUUUUUCUUUUUUUUUUCUUCUCAUAAAUAAUUAACGCUUAACUAUUGUUUUGUCAGAUGAAAAUAUAACCAUAAGAUAAACAUUUUCAAUAAACAUGUAAUGAUUGAAAUGUAAAAUUAUAACCAUUAUUAGUAUUAUGAUAUUUGAUCGAUAUAUAUAUAUGUAAAUGUAUCCAAAUUUAGCUGGUAUAAUUUCAUUUAAAUUAUUAAAUGUUUUUUUUGUUCCUUUUUAUGUAAUUACUUGUGGUGCUGGCAUUACUAAGAACUGUUUACAUCAUUUAGUCUACAUGUCUAAAUAAUGAACAUAAGGAAAUGUCCAAUCUCUUUUUUUGUAAAAUGAUCUCUACUGUUUAAGAUUAAUAUCUGCCUAUCUCACAAGAGAUACAUAUAUAAAUUAUAUAGAAUGGUAUUAUAGAUCGUAUAUGUAUCUCCUUGGAGACAGGCAAGCUUCCUCAUGCUACUCUCCUCAAUGGAUAAGAACUGAUUUAGUGUGUAUACAAUUAUUAAUGACAAUAGUAUUUUUUAGUGAUAAUGAUAAAUAUAGAUUGAUAGUCUAUUUGUUAUGAUAUGAAAAAGCCAACAGCCACCUAUGUCCAUGUCAUCUACAUUAUUUUUUAUCCAUUUUGGAGUUACUUUAUAUUAACAUUAGAUAAAUCAUUCAGUUUAAAAGUAACAGACCAGGUAUUUAGUUUUAUAUUGGAUAUCUUUCAUUCCUUUUUUUUAAUUUAAUUUAAACAUUUAUCAAAAAAUAUAUAUUCCACACACACUCUAUUGAAAAGAACACAAAUAUUGUUACAUUUAAGUAAAUUAUGUGACUGCUGUAAGCUCUUAUAGUCAUUAAUAUUAUUUGUACAAAACUUACGACUGAGGUUACAAUUGUCCUUGUAAAUAAUAAAAUGUAAGUCGCUAGCUGUAGUUAAUGUAUUGUAGAGUCAACAAAGACGAAUUAUAUCUAUUUAAAUAUUAUUUUUUAUGAGAAAUUGUUAAAAUAAUAUUUAUAAAACUUGUAAUCUAUAUCAUAAACUGGCGCUCGACCAAGAUGUUCUAAUAUUGAAUAUCUUUAUUCAUUUUUAUAUUCAAUUUAUAUAAGAUAAAUUAAAAUUUGCAAAGAAAAAAUAUACAACAUAACCUAUAAAUAUGAAACUACCGGUAUAAUUGGACGUGACGAUAUUUUUAAUUUUUUUUUUUAUAUAGUACACGUAGAUGGACGAGCAUAUGGGCCACCUGAUGGUAAGUGGUCUCCAAUGCCCUUAGACAUUGAUACCAAGAUGAUACCAAGUGCUACUUUUUGCGGUACAAUAUCUGAUGAGUGGGUGGUACCUACCUAGACGAUCUUGCACAAAGCCUACCACCAGUAAUAAUUUGAAUUAUAAAAUAUAUAAAAAUAGCAAAGGGAUAUGAGAGGUUAAUUGUAUUUAGCUAUAAUAAUGUCAUCAGUAACAGUGCAAUACAGCCCGUAAACAUAAGACGAAUUUCCCAAUGCGCGACUGAUUGAUUCUUUCAAUGUUGAUUGUUGGGUUAUUGUUAACAAUUUCUCAUCAUCCAGUCGAUAUACGUCCUUGAAAAAAGCAGCUCUUGACUUGGUUCCAAACCAGUUAGAAACUCUAAGGAAAUUAAAAUUAUAUUAUAAUACCUUAUAGGAUUGUUAAAAGUGAAAUUUUAAAUACUCAAACUGUAAUUUUGGUAUGAUUUCGUUGAUAAUAAAAGAAAUU